AUGGUGCUGCUGGCCGGGACCGGGCCGGAGGGCGGCGGGGCGCGCUGCAUGACCCCGCCACCGCCGUCCGCACCCCGGGGAGCGCAGGUCGAGGAGGACCCCACUGACUACGAAGAGUUUGAGGACUUCUCGAGUCUGCCCGACACCCGCAGCAUCGCCUCGGACGACUCUUUCUACCCUUUCGAGGACGAGGAGGAGCAAGGCGUCGAGAGCGCGGAGAGCGUCCCGGAGGGCGUCCCGGAGGCGGCCACUCUCCUGCGCGCCGCCUGCGCCAACAACGUGGGGCUGCUGCGGACGCUGGUGCGGCGCGGGGUGAGCGUCGAGGAGGCGCAGGAGACUGACCGCAACGGCCGGACCGGCCUUAUUGUCGCCUGCUACCACGGCUUUGUGGAUACCGUGGUGGCCUUAGCAGAGUGCCCCCACGUUGACGUCAACUGGCAGGACAGCGAGGGGAACACAGCCCUAAUCACAGCUGCACAGGCAGGGCACGCUAUCAUCACUAACUACUUGUUGAACUAUUUUCCCGGUCUUGACCUUGAAAGGAGAAACGCGUUCGGGUUCACCGCCCUGAUGAAAGCCGCCAUGCAGGGUCGAACGGACUGCAUCCGAGCCCUGAUGCUAGCAGGGGCGGAUGUCCACGCGAGGGACCCCCGCCGUGGGAUGUCGCCGCAGGAAUGGGCCACUUACACGGGCCGCGUGGAUGCCGUCCGCCUCAUGCAGAGGCUGCUGGAGCGCCCUUGCCCGGAGCAGUUCUGGGAGAAGUACCGGCCCGAGCUGCCGCCGCCCCCCGAAGCGGCGCGGAAGCCCUCGGGCUCCAAGAACUGCCUGCAGAGGCUCACGGACUGCGUGCUGUCCGCGCUGACGCCGCGCACCAUGCGGGGCCCGGAGGACGGGGGUGCCCUGGACCACAUGGUCCGGAUGACCACGAGCCUCUACAGCCCCGCCGUGGCCAUCGUGUGCCAGACCGUGUGCCCCGAGAGCCCCCCGUGCGUGGGGAAGAGGCGGCUGGCGGUGCAGGAGAUCCUGGCGGCGCGGGCGGCGCGGGGCCCCCAGGCGCAGGAGGUGGAUGAGGUGGGAGGCGCAGGGCAACGCGGGCAGACCGGCACGGAGGAUGUGGACUGCCGGGAGGGCUCCCCAAGAGCCAACCUCCCGCCCCCGUCCCGGGGCCCCGCCGCGCCCUCCUCGCGGAAGGCCAGCCUCCUGCCCUUGCAGCGCCUGCGGCGGAGAAGCGUGAGGCCCGGAGUGGUGGUGCCCCGGGUCCGAGUCAGUAAGGCGCCGGCGCCCACCUUCCAGCCCGAGCGGCCGGCGCGGAAGGGCAGCACCAAGGACAGCGGCCACCUGCAGAUCCCCAAGUGGCGGUACAAGGAGGCCAAGGAGGAGAAGCGGAAGGCAGAGGAGGCCGAGAAGAAGCGCCAGGCCGAGGCGCAGAAGGAGAGGCGCCCCGCGCCCUGGAAGAAGAGGACGUGAGGGCCUGUGUGCCUGGCGUGGGGGCCGGGGCCGGGGCGAGGCCGCGGGGCUGGUCGCGGAGAAGGAGGCGGCCUCGUUGCGCAUCGCACCACGGACGCUCCAUGGACCACGGGGCCGCGCGCAUUUCCAGGCUGGCUGUCCAGGCUGCUUCCAGGAGAGGGCUGGGAGAGCCACAUGGAUUCGCCUGUCACCAGCCCUCCUAGCAAUCAGUACACCUAGCGGGCACGUUGCCUAAAAGGCUCCAUUUAGAGAACCUCAAUUAGGAUUUUUUUUUUUUUAAAGAUCAAUUUAUCAAAGGGCGUUUUCUGCGUAAUUUUGUAUUUUUAAUCAUUAUCAAAUUUGCAACGUUUUACAAGUGAUAGGGCCCCUUAUAUCCAAGGCAGUUUUAAUACACUUGCCUGAAGACCUUUUGUUUAAAAUACUGUUUCUAGCAAUAAGUAUUCAUGAUACCUGUAUGAGUUCACACAGACAUCAUGGGAUUCUCCCUUUUGGUUGUUUGGUCUUUUCUCCUCAUCGUGGGUGUCGGUGUACACUGGAUGUUCUUACUAAUUAGAUUAAGUGAUGCCAGAUAUUUUUGUUUGACAGAGGCAUUGACUCGUUCAGCCACAUGAUCAGGUGAGACAGAGAGAUCAGAUGUUAUCGUAUCUUUUUAAAACUCUUAUCCAUACAGUAAUAUAUUGAGGGAAAACAUAUUGUCAAAUUAUAAAACAAUGGAGAGAUAAACAUGUAUUUAUUGCUAGAAUUAAACUCAUUUUAAGCAAGGGGUUUUAGAUAAACUCGAUAGGAAAUCUUUAACAUUAAAAAUAGAUAUGAGAAAAAACUGUCAUUCGAUAAAAUGGGGCAAAUUUAAUAAAUGAUUACCAGAAAUACAAAAUUAAGCCAUAUGUGCUCUUAAGUAAUUCAAAUCCAGAUAUCCUUAAUAUGUCAAAAAGAUGCAACAAGAGUCAGGAGCCCAGAAUGAUACAAAUUACAACAAUGGGGAGGAGGCAGUUUUUAGAACAGGCAAGAGAAUGGAAUGGGGAACAGACUUGUUUUUGGCAAAUUCUCCUAGAGUAGACCGGGCAGCCCCCUCCUCCAGGCUCAGUUCCAAAGAGUCCCUUGUGUGGGUAUUUCUUUUAUUUUUCCUUGGAGGACUGCGCUUGUUUAGUUCAUCCUCAUGCUGACCUCAUAGAAUUUCCAAGAUGCGGGGCCUUGAGCAGGGCAGGGCACAGGUGUGAUUUGCCUUGGGUCACAAGUUCUCGGUGAGAGUUUUAAAUCCACACUUUUCUCUCCAAAGUCACAUGGAGAUCACUUUUCUCUCCAAAGUCACAUGGAGAUCACUUUUCUCGGUGAUCAAAUUUGAAUUUAUCAAAGGGAGUUUUCUGCAUAUUUUUGUAUUUUUAAUCGUUAUCAGAUUUGCGGCAUUCUAAUUCGGCAGUGCAGGGUAUGAAAGCUGGAAACUCAGGCAGGAGUUUCUAAUUCUAAUGACUCUGGCUAUGUGGGUUGUAGAGUAUCUGUCACAUAUGCACUUUAUUUCAGUAUUAAAUACUUGGACACGCACGAUCACAGGCCUAUUUGGAGGCUCUGUACUAUAACCCUAAUAACCCUAGAUACAUCGUGAUACGGGGUAUCUGUCUCAGGACGCAGGCAGGGCUGGUGCAGGCUUCUCCAUACUCCCUUCCACUUGGCACCAUCAGGCAUCGAGCAACCAGGGAUCCUAAACUGGCCUCUCCCAAAACUCCAUUGAACAGGACUGCAGGCUGCACCCAGGUUAAUGGAAGAUUGGUGUGAUGAUGAUACAGUGUUUAAGGUCAGAUUGCAGUGAGUUCCUCCUUAAUCCCAGAAAGGCACCAUGAUGAAUGCUGCAGGAGACUGGACCCUCUUUGAGAACUGCAGAUAUUAGUUGACUGUGGGUCACUCUCGUGGCCAAGGCCUUUGAGGAGGUGGGGACUGUGACUGACACCGGUUAUCUUUGGGGGUUGUCUUUUCUGAAUCCUUUGGCAUGUGGCACCUUCCUGCCACACGUACAUAAUUCACAGCAUUACCAAGACACCAUGAGCCCCACCCUCACCUCUGUCAACCAAGGACCCAGCCAGACAGUGCCACGUGGUCUCCCAGGCAUGCUUCUCAACACCAGCUACCCCUGCUGUGAAAGUUCUCAAGGUCCUGGUCCCAGGAGCUGAGCCUUGGGAGCGUCCUAAAACUCUGCAGGUGACUGCACUGCAGCCUGCAUUGAGAACUGCGGCUCUAACACAGUGAUUGCGAGAGGACACCCAUUCUGAGCUCCCAUAAAGGCUCCACCUUCCCAAGAAUGUCUGAUUGUCAUUGGAACAGCCAGGGUCAGGCAGCUUCUGCUGGGGCUGACGUGGCGUCUGACCCUCGGUGGGUUGCCAGGCAUUCCUGCCUGUUUCCUCCAUGGGAAGCUGACACUGGGAACGGUAUGGAGCCCCCACUUCUACCCCAAGCCUGGGUGUCUGCUGCUUCCAUAUCAAAAAUGGACAUUUCUGGUCCUGCCCAGCUGCUACCUCACCACAACCCAUGCUCAGAGUCUCCAGGGUUGUGUGGAACAGCAGUGAUGGGACAGCAAACGACUGGUGAUUCCCCAGGUCCCACGCUGUUCUGGAGUGGGCAUGUUGCGGCCCUGCCUCCGAUGUGUUCCAGCCUCAUUUAGGUAUACAGGAUACUCUGGGGCCAGCAAAGGACUUUUCCAGUGAUGCUCCUGGUGUCCACAAAACAGCCCUAGAGAUACCUGCAUUUUGAAAAGCCUGCUGAGCCAACAAGCGUGGGGCAGGACAUGGAUUUCUUUGGCAAAUCUGAAGGAGAGCUGGCCGCUUGCCUGGUGAGUGGAAGCUGCUGUUACCUGGCCAGUGUUUGCAACUUGAGGGAAAAUGACAGCUGCAUGGGGGGAAGCCUGACCUCCUGGGGAGCUGUGGUGUGGCCUCAGUGGAAAGAUUGGAUUUUGAAAACCUGCCAGACCCAACUGAAAGAAGGGUCAUUCCUGAUUGAGUUGGAGACUCUCCCCAGUCCCUCUCUAGACUCAUUCUAGCCAUAGCCUGCCUGUGGACAGCCCUUCCCUUUGGCCCAUGCAGCAGGUCCAGGCAGCCCCUGCAGCUGUGCUCAUGGCUGCUGGCCCAGCACUUCUCAUUUUUGCCAUGUGGAAGCAGAUUUGCUAGUAGAGGAAUUUUUCAAGUCAAGGGAAGUGUUGCCAAGCCUCUAGCCUCGACCUGUGGGGGGCCUUCCGCUCUUUGUUUCUUGUUCUCUUUGGAGUGGGCACAGAGGGGACCAGUGGGCCCCUAGUCAGGCUCAGGGAGUGCAGGAGACCAGGGAGGGAAGCCCAGAUGAUGGGGAAACAGAGCCACCUUGAGGGGGUGUCAUGGAGUCAGUGUCAGGGUGACCUGACAGGUCAGCUUAUACUUAAGCAACAUUAUUAUGUUCACUUCUUUUGGGUAAGGGAUUCCUCACGGGAGGUGUGGUCAUCUGGUCACAGGUGGAGAGAAACACCCCCUCAUCUUCCUGAGCCAUUUGGAAGCCCUUUCCUCUAGCCCUAGGUACUGGUGACACAGGCCCCUCGGUCUCAGGAUGUGGACAGGCCUGGAGGGGCAGGCUUCUUGUCCCAUCCCCACUCAGCACCGCUGGGUAUCUGCCAGUCAGGGGUCUCACAGUGGCCUCUCCAAGAGCCUAGUGUCUUUAGAGAACAUUUUUCAUUUCUGUCUAUUUUCGUUGCUUUGAACAGGUGCUUCACUCACCGAGGGCUCACCCUCCCUGCAUCCCCAAUGUGGUUCAGGGAGGAGGGGACCGAAGAGCACUGACCCCUUCUCCUCUUCUGUCAGUGGCCACCGCAGUGCCCUCUCUGGCUUUGCCUCCACGUUCUCCUGCCCCCAUCGCCUCGUCUCUUCUUCCUCAUUAGCCUUCCCUUCCUUUGCCUGUUUUCUUUUCCCAGCUGGUUAAGUUCUUGAUCAUCCCUGGCACCACCUACACUAAGGUCUACCAAGGACAGAAAAGCCAGGGCCUCUGCGAGGCAGUGUGGUGUCCCUGCGGGUUUAUCAUGGUGGGACCUCCUAGACUCCAGAGUGAAUGAAUGGCAGGCCUGCUAGUGUCUGCGCUGAUGGCUUAGAAUUCCUCCACAGCCGUGCCUCUCCCACCCCUUCCUCUUUGCUCGGAAGGGAGUCCUGGUUUGCUCUCCUGCCAUGACAGCGCAGCCCAUGCUGUGCAGAGGGAUGGGGCUCGGGGUCCCUACCUGCACCCUGAUGUUUAUUAACUGUAGAUAGUGAAUUUCAAGUUGACAGGUACCUUCUCAGGGAUUUAUAUAUAAAUUUAUAUAUAAAAAUAGAGGAAAAGUUGAAGUCUAUUUUACUACUUUUUAGUGUUUGAGUAAAUUUUGCUUUAACUGGACAGAAGAAAUAUUUCUCAGACAAUGUCGAUGCUGCUGGUUAUAUCUGAGAUGUCUGGGGCUCACCCUUGAUGGAGACUUCCUUGGUGAUUCUAGAUCGGGGACUUUGGUGGCAGAAAUGGCUUUGGGGUGGGUGUGAAGUCGCUUCAGUCCCUCUGAGUUGCCUCUUGUGGAUGGAACAUGUGUAUCAACAACAAUGAAAUCCACCUCCGUGUGCAUGGAGGCGGCUGAUGAGAACACAGGCCAGUCCUCACUCUUCCCUCCGGAACCGGCUGCUCCCGGUCUGACGUUGGAGCACAUGAACCAAGAGUGACGAUUUUUUCUACUUGUUUCUGUAAAUAAAGUGUUCUACAGUCAGCCCAGCACUAAACUCACCAGAAAGGAGGAGGGAACAGCAUGGAGCCGUUCAUCUGGAAUUACCUCGGUGUGCAGAGGCUGCCCCUUGGCUGCACUUGGGAACAUCGUGGACGUCUUCCGUCCUGUCAAGCUCCUCCUGACAGACUCCUGGCAGCACUGGAGACCUCAGGACUAUGGAGAUCAGAAUUGCAAUGGCUUUGUCAUCUCAGCAUGGCCACUCCUGAGGCAAGAGGCUCCUCCUCGGAGUGGGAGAGAGGGAGUUCGUGAUGUCGGUUGGAAAAUAGGAUUUAUGGAUGCAGGAGGGCCAUGCUGGGCCCCUCUGCCCGCUUCUCUCCCUGCUGUUGGUGGUGACCAGGUCUCAGGAGUGGAGAUGAGGCUGUUGUGAGUGAAACAGAAGCCCCUGGAGUAGGGCCAGCCCCCAGGCCUGAAAAGGAUGCAAAGCCUGCUGUUUCCAGGCUGUUGGGAAGAAGCGUGGGUACCGAGUGAUUAUGAUGAAAUGCAUCCCAGAGAGGAAAUGAAUGGGCCCUGAAAAGUGGGUCUGCCAUAUCCCUGGUAGCCCGCCUGCAAGAGCACUACAUUCCCCCCAGCCCCGCUGUCCACACUACAUGACGUGGGAAGGCUGUCUGUUCAUCCCUACCCUGGGGACCCGAGUGUGCUCUGCGGAGUGAGGCACAGCCCUGAUGUGCGCCCUGCGCUACUCUUUCCCCAGGUGCGCCGGAGACUCAGGCUUGCUCAUUUCCGUCCUGACACAGCUCACUGUUCCUGAGUGGUCAGAGUGCCCCUGUGCUGUGUCAGCUCCUAGACACCAUUAGUCUUUCACAUGCUAAAACGCAAGCACUUUUUCCCUUUUGCAGUGUUUGGGGAAAUUCUAGCACACUCCCUGGGAAUUUGCAAAGGUCCCUCCGCCUCCCACAGUGGGUAACUGUGUGGAUUCUGCACCUGGCAAUCAGCGCGCCCCCUUGGAAACACCUGGGGACCCUGUUUCUUCGGGCCUGGUCCUUGGUUUCUACACCAGCCCCUUUGAGCCGGCACCUGCCUGGGACUGCCUAGGGGGCCACGGUCCAGGGAAGGACAGGUGGGACCCUGACUAUGACAUCUUUCUAAAACAAUAAAGUCCCAUUGACCACAACUGCAGUGGGAUGAAUGCCGUUGCGGCGGUCAUGCUGGGAGCUGCCGAGAGCUUACAACAAAAGCAGUGUCUCUCAGGGCGCUGCUUGCAUCUUCCCCUCCACGCCUCUCGGUGCGUUUGGAACUUGCUGACGCACUGGUAUAACUCUUGAAUCAGCUGCUCAUGUCUGUGCCCUUGCACUCACAGGUUCCUUCAUUAACAUUUUAAGUAAGUGACUAAAAAAACUCUUCUAGAGGUUGUUUUUGAAAGAAACGGGAAAAAGAAACACACUACCUGGCUUGCUUUGACUUAUUUUCGCGCGACUCAGCUGAAAGCCGGUAUUACAUACACAGUUUCCUCAGGCUCACCCAGCCUGACUAAGACUUAAUAAAAGGCACAGCCCUCGGCAGCAGGCUGUGCCAAUGUGGACAGUGUACACUAAAGUGUGAGUGUGUGCACAGGCGAGCACACGUGUGUGUACUCAUACACACAAAUGAACUAAAGGGACAAUGGCCUUUGUGCUGGCAAAGGUUACAAUGCUGCUAUAGCUUGGCCGUGGGCAGUGUCAGAUGGAACCUGCUUUGAUGGUGUGUUGUUCAGUGUACUCAGUGGGGUCUCACUGUCAGCAUUCCGCCCGCUGUGGCACAGAACACGGCUAGGGUCAUCAUAGUCCAGGUUUUUAUUGAAAGGCAGCAUUGACCCAGGCAGCUCAUAGAGAACCCAUUUGGUCUGGGCCAUCUCUCUGCCUCUGCCCUACCUUGGCUGCACGGAGGAACCCAAACCCAAGGGGCCCAGGUCCAAGAGGAUUCUUUAUCCCUGGAAGAGCUCCCCAGGAAUUCAGCCUACAGCCCUUGACAUUUGGCUGCAGGUUACCCUUAGAAUCAACACCUUAUCCUGAGGAAGCCCUGGUAUUUCCCCAAGUCCGCCUAUGUAUUAGAUACUCUAAUCAAUGCUAACAGAGUUUGGUUUUUGAAGGAACUAGUUUUGUCAUAAUACUACACCCUUCUAUUGUAUUUAAAUAAAAAGAAAAAAAAAACCACGAAACUUUCCAUCCGGUAAAGCAAUGGUCCGUGUUGGCCUGAUGCUUUUAGAAGUUUGGGGAGGUAGGUAUGGAGGCACCUUAACACCAGUUUUUUGAGCAAAAGUUCUAGUAGCUGGUUUAGAACUGCACAGCUAUGGAUACACCUGAUGAAAACUGCAAAAGGCGAUGACAGUCCCAGAAAUAUGACCAGCAUCCCUGUGAACCUUCGGGGCAUCCGAAGGAAUUUGAAAAUUAUACCCUAUUCAGAUGAACUGUAAAAGCCAACGUACUGGAAUUGUCUUUGUUCUGCCUGGCAUUUGGGGGUGUUCAAGGACCUGUGUUUUUAACAAAGAUGACUAUAUGACCGUUCUAAGGAUUGAACAGAUUUCUGCACAGGGUGCCAGGUUGCAAGUUAGGUCCUCUUAGUAUAAGCUCUCUUUUUUUCUGAAUGUAAACCUAUUUGCAUUGUCAUUUCUAAUAAUCCAUUAGGUUUCUGGAUAUUGUACAGAUACUAAGUACAGAUAUAAUUGUGUAAAUUUCAUAGUGUUUUAUUUUGAGGUGAGAGUUUUGUUAUAGUUUAUAAAAGAUAUUUUCCUAUUCAGACCUCAGGGCUAUUUGGGAACCUACAAAUAAAUGUGAUUCCCAGCAGCUUCAAUUUUUGAUAUUCAAAAAGUUAAUAAUCUUUAAGCUAAAUAUAAUGUGAUAUUAUUCAGAAAAAAAUGUUUUUCCCUUUUAAUUUCUAACAAAUUAUGUACUAAUGUUUAAAAAAAUAUGGAAAAAAUGGGAUAAUGUAAAAAUGUGGGAGAAUUGUGAUGAAAGAAUAAAAAAAUCACUUGUUAAAACACA